UUUGAGCAACCAAACAGAGCAUAAGUUUGUACUCAUAAUCCUAAUUCAAUUUCAAUGUGUGGUUUAUUUUGAGUGGAAAUAUAAUAUAUGUAUUCACUUCAAUUGGUUAGAAAAUAUAUCUAUCACUAUUUCCUCAAUCAUAGAACACAGAGGAAUUAACUCAAUGAAAUAAAAGCCAUGAAUCCUUUUUUCCCACAUGGAACAAUAACCUCAAUUGUAUUCAAAACACUACCUUCCCUAUAUUUCUCUCCGUAAAUAAAAUCACCUUAUAUUAAAGGAAAAUACUUUCCACCAUGUCUUGCAAUACCAUGACCUUCAAUAAACUAUCUACAAAAACAUAAAUUCAACUCUGAUCCAUCAAUUGCAUAAAGAUGGUUGUGUAUGGAUUGCUGACAUGCAGCAAAACCUAAUGCCACAUUCAACACAAAAUGAAAAAUUCAAUAACAACAAUCCAAACCACAAACUAACUGUAUCAGCAACCAUUCUGUAUGGUGGCUGAAUACACCCAACUAUACAAUUAUUUAAAGUUACUAAUCAAAUCUCCCACCAACAAUGAUUACCUAUUAUUAUUUUCUAACACUGAAAAAAGCAAAAACACAUUUUACGCUACUAGAAAUGGGUAUAAAACAUGGAACCUUUUGCGAGAGUUUAUUUUCUGUCACAAAAAAUAACCUUUUGCGACAGUUAAUACCCCAUCGCCAAUAGUCGUUUUUGCGACAGCAAUUCCUGUCUCAGAAGGAGGAAAGGAUAUGUUGGAUGGUUUUUGCGAUGGCAAACCAUUAAUGGUCGUGAAAGACCUAUUUUUUUUAGACAGCUUUUUAUCCCCGUUGCAAAAAGAUUUUUUUUUCCAUGCCUUUUGUUGUGUCGUGGCUAAUGGACCAAAAAAAAAAACUUCUUAUUCUUUCUCUAUCACGCUUGUGUCUUUUUGUCACGCCCUCCUUCUCCUCCGCCUCUCUCUCUCUCUCUCCACCGUUGUCGGCACAGGAGCACACGAUUACCACCGCCAUUGAUAUCACCAUCGAAAACCAGCAGCCAUUCUCUGAAAUUGAGGAGAUGCAAUCGAAGGGGUUUGAAAUUGAGAUCGCUGGCCAAAGUUUGGCUAGAAUCGACAGAGGCGGCAAUUGAGAUGCGUAGUAGGGGCGGAAUGUAGUGGGGGAAUCAGAAAUCCUAAUUUUAUUUCUCUUCUCUCUCUCUCUCAUAUAUAUAUAUAUAUGUAUAAGCAAUUUCAAAUCUCUCUCUUUCUUCAAUUCAAUUUACAGAACAUGAUGUUUUGCUUUGUUUUUCUUUGAUUGCUUUCUCAGAACUCAAAAACAAAAACAAAAAGGGUUUUCUUGACAACUCCAUUCGAUUCAUCUGAAAUUCUCGUUUUCGCCGAAAUGGGGUUGUGGGAUUCCCUCAUCAAUUGGCUCUGUAGAUUGAAAAACUUGCCAUAAUGAUACAGAAGGUUUAAACUUAACUCACUCAUCUCCUUUUUGGCAUAUAGACUUUUGUUUGAUUGUCUUCUAAACAAAAAUUUCAUCUCCUUCUUUGGUGUUAUGGCAGAGUAUUUUUGGGAUUUUGAGGUGGAAACUAUUGGACUGAAGGAGACACCACGUAGUUGUUCCAGUGAUGGUUGUGGUGCAAGACUUAAAGACACUGCUGUUGACUGGGAGGAUGCUUUACCACCAAAGGAGUUGAAUCCAGCAGAGAAACACUACAAAGUGGCUGAUGCUGUGUUAUGCUUGGGGACAAGUUUGCAGAUAACUCCUGCAUGCAAUUUGCCUCUAAAAUCACUCCGUGGUUGGGGAAAGUUCGUAAUUGCGAGUCUUCAGGAUCUUGGUAGGCUUGUCAAAGGUUCUAUAGAACCAGUUAGAGAUUUUGUAUCUGGGUUUGAAUUUGCACUUGGGGCUUUGGGUUCAUUGCUAUCUUCUGUAGAACUACUUGCUGAGGAGAGAAAUUAUGGAAGUUAUAGUAUUCGACAGUACAAUCUUCACAGCUACAUGAGGUUAGAUUCUGCUGCCACGAAGGCUCUAACUGUUAUAGACAGCAAAACUGAUGCUAACAAAACUAAUGAUUGAAAAAGCGUUUGUGAGUUAGAGUUGAAAAAGUGUAAACUUAGUCAAAAAGGGCAUUUGGGGCUUGAAAAAACAAAACUAUUGAUUAAUUAAUGAUUAUGUUAUCAGGAAAAAUAAAAAUGAAUCUAGUCA